GCGGCGCUGAUUGGCUAGGCCGGGGAAGGAGCCGAGCUUGAGUUUCUCUUUCCCGCGGGCGGUGCGAGGAGCUGCCGGGGAUCAACCCGCCGCCGGCAGGCAUGCUGCUCUUCAAAAACAGCUUCAUAACAAUGUAAUAUAACUCUACAAGGUAAAGAGUGAGCCAGAUACAAGUGAAAAAUAAGGGACAGAAAAGAGAAGAUGAAUGCUUCUGCAGGAAGCUGUGGUAGCCCUAGCUCAGCUGACUCCACUGGUGAUUUCUUCAAGGAACUCUGGUCCAGACUGAAAGAAUGUCAUGAUAAAGAAGUACAAGGCUUACAGUUGAAAAUAUCCAAGCUGAAGAAGGAAAGAUGCUUGGAUGCAGAGAGGCUUGAAGAGUUUUAUACAAAAAACCAGCAGCUGAGAGAGCAACAAAAGGCACUUCAUGACACGAUCAAAGUUUUAGAAGACAGAUUAAGAGCAGGAUUAUGUGAUCGCUGUGCAGUAACGGAGGAACACAUGAGAAAGAAACAGCAGGAGUUUGAAAAUAUCCGGCAACAGAAUCUUAAACUUAUCACCGAGCUUAUGAAUGAAAAAAACAACUUGCAUGAUGAAAAUAAAAAGAUAUCUGAACAGCUUCAGCAACUGCAAAAGCAGAUGGAGGGGAGAAAGCAACAAACAAUGGAUUUGGAGGAAGGGGUCAUCCCAGAUUCACCAGUUCGCUCUUUUUCACUUUCCACGGCUAAUCGUUUGCGAAGAAAGAGAGAAAACAGGCAUGUCCGAUACACAGAACGUCCAAAUUUGGAGCAUGCUGAAAACAAUAGUGAGUUUGGAAAAGUACCAUUAUCAUCUACUCAAAUACAUAACCAUCAUGGAGAAGAAAUACAAAUAUUAGCAGCAGACACCUAUGAUCAAGAAUUGUCUCCUAUAGCAAAUAAACAAGGGAUAGCAAAUUAUCCUGUUGCAAAACCAUCUUUUAACUUGGCUGCAGUUGUGGCAGAAACAAUUGGACUCACUGUUCAAGAAGAAUCUGAGUCCCAGCAUGUACUGAGCCCUCCUAGCAAUAGUAUUGCAACAACCUCCGUGGCUCUAAGCCGUCAGCAGGAAGAUUCAAGAAAACAGCUGGCUUCUGAGUCGAGAAACAAUGACAGCUUGGGACUUUCAGAUCCAUCUCAGAACACUCCACCACAUGUGGACUGGGACCAACAGGCAGCUUCUCCUGUUUUUGGAGCAUCUAGCAAUAUGAAGAACAACUUAUGUUUCAAUACAAGUCAUUCACCUUCUAUUUUAGAUACAGGACUGAAAUCUAAUUUCAAAAACAACCCCUUCAAUAAUCCUUCCAAUUCUAGAUCUCAUAAAGUUAGAUCAAAAUCAGAAGAUAUUGCUCUUGUUGCACCACUUAAUCUUGGGACUGAAGUAAACUCUAUUAUCAACCAGGCCUCAACCAAUAGGCAGAUGAUUGUGAAAAAGAACACGGGUGAACCCAUAACUUGUGUCUUCAACACUUGCGCAGGCAGGGAUGAGGUAAUCAAGAAUGACUUCUGCCUUGCACCUCCAAAACAACUGGGAAGAGGAUGUGCUAAAAGAAAGAAAGCUGAAGAUGAGCAUUUGACCAGUUGUGAGAGAACCUCUUUCAACAAAGAGAACUCUUUGCCUUUUCAAGUAGAUAGUCAGGUUAUUAAUGGAGAGCACACAGUUGACAAGCCUUUGGACCUCUCCGAUCGUUUUUCUGGAGCUCAUUGUCAAGGAAGUGAUGAGACUUGUAAAAAUAGAUUGAAACAGAUGAGCCUGCAUGAUGUUUUUCCCCAGCUAGUGAAAACUACUGCAGAGGAUUCUUCAUUCACAAAAAGCAUCAACAGUGGGACCUAUUUCUUAAGCAGAGAUGCAAAAGAGGAUCCCCAUGUACAGGAGGCAACCCUUGGUGAAACAUGCACAGAGAGAAAUUCCCGAUUACAAACUAAAGAAGAAAUCCCUUCCUUCAAAGUAGCACCGUUGUCAAAUGUAGUAGAUACACAACUUCUUUUUGAUGAUGUAAAGGUUGCCAGUGACCAUGAACCAACUAGAAAGAAAACCAGGGCAGGACAUGGAGAGUCUGAGCCAGCAUCUGUGCUUCAACCAAACCCUUGUAGAAUAACAAAAAGUAUAUCACUGCAAAAUGAACAAGAUAAGCCAUCUUUAGAAAAUCUGCAGUGGAGUAUAGAUCCAGGAGCAGACCUUUCUCAGUACAAAAUGGACAUUACAGUGAUCAACACAAAGGAUGGUUCUCAAUCCAGAGUAGGGGGAGAGGCUGAUAUGAUGGACUAUACGUAUGUUAGUGAAAGUAUGUUGUUAAAAAUGAAAAACCAAGAGCAGGAAGGAGAAGGCAGUCCAAAAGAAGAAAGAAAAAAGAAUGACACCUUAGCAGAAUUAUUUGAUCGGACAUCCCAUGAAGAAUAUGAAUCUUGCCUAGUAGAUGAUAGUUCUUCAGCAUGCGAUGAAAAAGAAAAUCCUCAUGAAGAGGAAAACGAGGAAAUGUCAGCAGCCAAAGAGAAACAAAAGAAGCAUGAGGAUAAACGAGAUAAAACCAAACAGAAGGCUUUUGUGGAGCCUUAUUUCAAAAGUGAUGAAAGAAAGAAUACUGUGUUAGAUUUUCCUCACAUUGAGGUUGUUCGGAAGAGAGAGGAGAGAAGAAAAUUACUGGGCCACACUUGUAAGGAAUGUGAAAUAUAUUAUGCGGACAUUCCAGAAGAAGAGAGAGAGAAGAAACUAGCAGCCUGUUCAAGACAUCGAUUCCGUUACAUUCCCCCUAGUACACCAGAAAACUUCUGGGAGGUUGGUUUUCCUUCCACCCAAACUUGUAUGGACAGAGGCAGACUGAGGAAACCUGCCAAGCAUGCUAAGAUGUGUAUGCAGGGGCCCCUGGCUACACAAUGUCAGCACUGCAAGCUCUCUGCUCUUCAGGGGUUCAGCGUUCUAAUGCCUGUUCAGGCAUCUCUGGGUAAGUGUUUUUCUAUCAAGAAAACAAAACCUGGGAGAAUUCUCCCAGAUCAUUUGAACAUGUGUACACAGCCCAUGAUGGGUUGAGGUACAUAUCGCACAUACCUUAUAAACCAAAUCUCUUUCCUUUAGACAAUACAAGAGAAAUACAGAUGCAUGCAAAAAAAAUAAUAUACUGCCUAUGCAAUUCCUGUUCUGAAUCCUCCUCAUUCUUGAGCAUUCUUUGGGUCCUGAUUAGUGCCUUCCAGGACAUAAACACUGUGUGCCCCCAGAGGCUGGGGGGCACGGUGAGCUCCCACAGGCAGCGACAAUGCUGUCAGUGGUGGGGACGUGGCAGCAACAAGUGGUGAGCUCUGGCAGGUGGCCACGGUGCCAACUGGUGGUUGGCAACCACCUGCACACACUGCAAGUGGGGGCAGGGGUGCUUUUGCAGGGGGUGCACAUGCACCCCCUAUGCAUUGCCAGGGUCCAAGACUAGGUAUCUGAGGAUGCUGGGACCUCACUUCACCUGCUUAAUCGCUUCCUGUUCUAAUCAGUGAGAGAGAACUGCUCAAAGCCAACUUCUUUUAUUUUAAGUACUUAACAGUUCCUCUUCCCUGUGACCCAGACAAUCUCAAAGGAUCAUUCCAUUUUUCAAUUGGGUGAUUUGUUGGUUACUAGUUGCCUAAAUGAAGCUAGGUUUUUGGCUACCCCUUUGUUCUUAUAAGACAAGGCCCAUUUAGGUUAUUGAUGGUCCUUAGCAGCCCUCAUAUGGAUGCAAAUGCUCAAGAACUCGUCCUCCUUUUUUAUAACAACCAUGAUACAGAACUACAGCAAAAAAGAAAUGCAGAAUCUAUAUGUGAUAUGUACCCCAAACUAUAACAGUUAUCUGAGUGGAACACUAUAUAAGUGUUAAUUUUAUGUAUUGCAGUUGUUACUCAGAAAAAGAAUACCCUCAUUAGGGUGGUGAAAUAUAUUAGCUCUUCCUAAAUGGUACAUUAAAGUUAUUAUAUAUAUAUUUUUAAAUAACUUGGUCAUAGAAAAUGCAUUUCAUCACUUAAUGUUUUAAAAAUAAAUUCCUACUUUGUAUUUUAGUAAAUAUAGUGCUUGCAAACCAAAUAAGUUGUCAGACUUUUUUAAGAUAAGUCUCUGAUUCAUUCACAGGGAAAUAUGGCAAUGGCAUUAGCAUGACAAGUUUCCAUGCAUUACCCAGCUAUGUCCUUGGUGUUUUUAGUUUGAGGAUGGCUCAAACCAAAAUCACGUUAAUCCUGUUUUGUUUUUUUUAAAGGGGGUUGGGGAGGGAAGGGAGAAAAGGACUGCAGUUGAAGACAUAAGCCAACCACUGAAGUCUAUAUAAAGGUUACAGUUGGUUUAUAACAUACGUAUUUGGCAGUACAUGCUACAUUAUUACAGUAAAUAAUCCUCUGUACAUUAGCUUCCUUUUCUUGUCUGAGUGAAGUUCAAGAUGUUGAUUUGAUCCACUGAACUCUGUUUGGGUUCUAGCCUUUUGGGGAGGGGAGGGCUUUAUUUUGAGGGCAGUGUUUUUUAUUAAGUCUAUGUGAGGUAUGGUAGUGGUGCCUAGAGUGGUUGCGUUGGGUGCACUUUUAUAAAUUAAGAGUUCAGAAAAUAUAUUCUUAUUUUAUACUAAAUAACUCAACUUGUAAAGUUGUAUGCUAUUUCACUCUAUGCUAUUAAAAUAACAUACAGUGAAAUUAUCAAAGAUUCCAUAGAAAAGAUGUUGAAAUGUGAGAUAUUUAAAAUACUUAAAAUAUUGAGAACCUGACUGUUCAGUAGAGCUUUGAUGUAUUCAGUUUGUAUUAAACCACGUCAGGUAGGUUAUCUGAAGCACACUGAGUGCCUUUGAAAGAUGCUUGAUGUAGCUGUCUGUCCCUGAAUGGCAUACUAAUAGCAUUCACUGGCAGAUGCAGUUAGUCUUCAAAAAUGGAAAUACAUUUUUUUUUUUUGUUUUAAAUAAAAAAUAUUUGUUGUAGGAAAUGCUUAAAGGUCUGGUUGAAUGCAAGUUAUUUGUGCCUUUUAUACCAUACGUACCUUCACAGCCAGAUAGUUCUGAAAUCUUUAUCUCUCUUUUGGUUUUGUUUUGGCUUUUUAUUUCU